AAUACAACAAUACCAAGUUCUUAGAGAGAGAAAAUUCAACAAUCAAAAGGAUUUCAAAUAAUCAGAAGAGAGAAAAAUGGGGACAGCUUGGUUCAGGUGGCAAGACGCGGAGUACCAACUCCUGAUCCAGCAAAACAGAGAAGAGAGGGUAAUUAAGGCAGCUGCUUGGUGGGUUGAAGAUAAGGAAACGAAAGACAUAUUGGGAGGAAGGGAUGAGAAAACAGGAGGGACAUGGUUGGGUUGUUCAAAGCAAGGCCGUGUUGCAUUUCUUGUGAAUGUGACGCGUCGAACGUCUUUAACUCUUGCCGGAGCCGAGGUGCUUACUGUUCAGUUCUUGAAGGGCAAAAUGACUCCAAGUGAGUUUGCAAAGGAACUUGGUCGCAACAAAAACAUGUCUUCUGGUCUUACUUUUCACUUAGUUGUGGCAGACAUGCACUCAAAAUCGAUGGUUUAUAUCUCUAAAAAGUCUCCAACCAAGGAAGUCGAUGAGAUCAAAGAGAUUGUUCCUGGUUUUCAUUUCAUUACCUCAACCGGACUCUACGAUCUCGCAUCCCCUGAGUAUAAGCACCUGAAGGACAUGUACAGUGAAGUAAACUCUGGAAGUGAAAACAGAGCAUAUUUGAUGAAGAAAAUCACUGGCAAGUUGAUGAAUGAUGAUCGUGCCAUCGUAGGUGAAGGAGAAUGUGGUACUAGCAAAGCUGGUCAAAAGGGAUACUACUAUGGAACAACAAUGUUGGAGGUGAAACCCACUGGGAAAGCAUGGUUCUUCGAGGACUACUUCCAGAAUGGUGAACAUAAAGAGCAUAAUUUCAAUUUCGACAUCAAGAGCGAGUAGUUCAUAAUGAGCAGUGACGAAUACUAAUAGUAUAUUUUAUAUAGAUAAAUAAUCUUGUUGAAGCUGAUAAGCUGUUAUAUGAUCUCAAGUACCUUGUCGAUCCUGAGAAACUUAUCUCCUUGGUCGAUAAUAUAUCUAGACUAAGAACAAUAUGGAUUAAUAAAUCUUAAC